UAGUAUUCAGUGCACUUUGUGGUGUUCGUUGUACUUUGUGGCAUUCUGUGUUUUUCUCGGUAUUUGUCCUGGUCUUUGUUCUUAUAGUAUAGUGGUACUUGGUGUACUUUUGUGGUACUGAGGUGACUGUUUCACCUUGUUUACUUCACUCUUUUCUCUUGGCAUCAGCUGAGCACGCGCUGACUCCUUCGAGCCACGCCGUGUCCACGCGGGUGUCUCGGGCUGUGAUUGGCCGCCGCCGACACAAACAGGCCUUUUCCACCAAUGGGAGCGCGCCGCACGCGCCGGGCCACAGACUUCCGCGUGCAGAUAAAAGCGGCCGAGUCUUUGUGAGCAGCACAAAUCGUUCUGGCAGCAGCAGACAUGGUGGUGUCCACGAAGAGAGUGAAAACGUUCACGCUGUUUUUCAGCGACCCCACGAAGAGCUUCUACUGCGGCGGAGACAAAGUGUCCGGGCGCGUGCUGGUGGAGGUGACAGAAGCCACGCGCGUGUCCGCCGUGCGGGUGCUGGCGGUGGGAAGCGCCAAAGUUCAGUACGCGAAAGGAAAACAGCGCUGCCGCCAGGAGGCGCAAUAUCUGCGUCAGGAACAGCAACUCCAUCUUCCGACACAACCGACAGACACUGAUGGGUCGGUGGUCCUGAGGCCUGGAAACAUGUACGAGUACACGUUUGACUUUGAGCUUCCUGAGCAGGGGCAGCUGGUGUCUUCAUACAAAGGCAAGUUUGGCUACGUCCAGUACUACGUCAAAGCCCUAAUGGAGAGACCGGGCCACACCGUCCUCGAGUGUAAGAGAUCCUUCGAGGUGGAGGAACCUCUGGACAUCAACACUCGAGACCUGCUGUGUCCCACGGGUGGCAUGAAGGAAAAGAAAGUUACCGUCAUGUUCAUCCCUGACGGCCAAGUGUCACUAAAUGCUAAAAUCGACAGACAAGGCUUCUGUGAAGGUGAAGACAUCUGCAUUAAUGCAAAGUUUGAGAACACCUGCUCCCGCAUUGUGGUGCCCAAGGCCGCAAUCAUCGCGACACACACCUACCAGGCCAAUGGCCGCACCAAGGUUGAGCGCAAGAAGUUGUCUUCAGUCCGUGGAAAUCACAUCAUUUCUGGCAUGUGUGAUGCAUGGCAGGGCAAGACCAUCAGGGUGCCAAAACUUAAACCCUCCAUGUUGGGCUGCAACAUGAUCCGCGUGGAGUACGCGCUCAUGAUUUACGUCCACAUACCUGGCAGUGACAAGUUGGUCCUGGAGCUUCCUCUCGUCAUCGGCACCGCUGGACUCGGCAGUCGCAGCAACAGCGUUAGCAGCUACGAGGGUUCGGUCAGCAGCGCCUCUCAGAGUUGGGUUUCCCUCAAACUGCCUUCACACCCUCCCAGUUACAGUGAUGUGACCCGCGACUUCCACCUGGACCAGCCCCUGACGCCGCUUCUCGAUGACGUUGAUGGUGACGAUAGCCCCAUCCUUAUGAACUCAACGGCCUUCCCUUUUGCACCGCCGCCAGCAUAUUCUGAGGCUGAAGAACGCAGCGGGAACGUGCGGAUGCUGCCGGUCUGCUGAAGUCCAACACGGACUCUGGAACUGUGACUCUCAGGGACGAUCUGUGCCUAAAGGAGCAAAGUCCAUCCCAAGGAGGCAGCACUGAGGAGACGGUUUGCCUUCCCGUACUGGUCCGGUUUUCCUCCUGGUCAUCUUGACCCCGUGGACAAAUUCCGUCCCUUGGUCAUGGCCCGUCCGUCGGGACGUUCUGGUUUCUGUUUCAUUCCACUCGGCAUUUUCCCAAAGGAAGCAUCUUUUUGUUGCCGUUUUUCAGCCUGUUGUCACCUUUGACCUCACAGCGUGAUGAAAAAGAUCCAGGUUUUAGGUUUUGAUUGAUGCGUUUUCUGUGUGAGAUGUGUCCUCGAUACACAAAACAUUUUGUAUCAAACCCUAUGGGUUGUUUUUUAAAAAUAAAUUUGUCAGUUCAGGUGA